AAUGACACUGUGACUGUGACGCUUAAAGACAGCUACUUUGUUAAAUUGGAUUAAAUAAUAACAGAGUGCAUGUAAAAUGCCAAAAACCGUUUGUUAGAAUCAACAAUACAAAAUGGAAAGUUUCAAAAGACGUGAACGCGUGUACUUAAUUUCUAAAGUUAUGUUAUUCUGCCUUAUUUUCUCAUUUCUUGCUUGGAUAUCAUAUUCAACCAAUGAAAAUUAUACAUACCAACAUUCAGUUGAGUUUUUUAAAUUUUCAAAUGUUGAACAGAAAAUUCAUGAAAACGUCAAAGGUAGAAAUAUUGUCUUGUUUAUUGGUAUUUUUACGGCAGGCAAAUACAAAAACCGAAGAGAUGCUAUUCGAAAGACGUGGAUGAAAACGUGCCAUGAGGAGUACUACAGCGAUUGCAAAAGUAAAUUUAUAUUGGAUGGAUUAUCAGUUGAGGGGAAGCCAAUGAGCAGUGUUAUAUCUAAACUACGAAACGAAUCCAAGUAUAAUAAUCACGAUAUGGAAAUUUUACAGACACCUGUUGGCCUGAAUUUUGCACUGAGAAUUUUAGCCAGUUUGAGAUACGCUUUUCAUAAAUAUCACUUCGACUAUUUCUUGAGAAUGGACGAUGAUUAUUAUCCGUGUAUUCAUCGUCUGAUGUUUGAAUUGCCUAGACGUAUGAACCUUGAUUACGUUUUCUGGGGAUUUACUAAAUGUUCUCCUGCAAGAAAUGAUGAGGGAUUUGUACUAGUAAACCACAAGUUAGCCAAGCGAAUUAUAGAACAUGAAAACUCCUUGAUUUGUACUAACUUCGGUGGGACUGCAUUGUCAAAAUGGGUCUUGGAUAUAUCAAAAACAGAGAAUAUAUCCUGGUUCGCUGACAAUGAUCGUAUAUGGCAUCAUCCUCCUGUAUCGUUUGUGCCUGAACUUAAAACGAAAAAAGAAAUUUGUCAUACGUAUUUGGCUCUACAUGGAGUGUAUUUUAACGAUAUGGAAGUCUUUCAUAAGAUCAUGUUAGGCGAAAAUAAAACUGAUUAUACCUUAAAUACCGUUAAAAAUCACUGUGCAUUGCCUAAACAUGGAAUAUUUCCACUGUGGAGUCGUCUACCGGACGGUUUAUGUCAAGAAAUCCCCAUAUUUGACAAAUCGAAUAAAGAAGGCUCACCUUGGAAUGGAAGAGAAAAUAUGGCUAGAAGAAGUUUUAGUGUAUCACAAAAGCAAUAAAUAAACAAAAAGCAAUUGUAAAAUAAAUAGUUCUAGGCUAAAGAUAAGUAAAUGUUUAAUCUACUGAGUACUAGGGAUCGCA